AAGGUUUGCAUAAUUUUUUGUUGUUUUUCGAUUCUCUAGAAUAGUAUUAGUUUGUUUACGUGGUCGUCAUGAGGAGAUGCUUUCUUGUACUUACGCUUUCUCGUUUGAAAAGUCGGGGCUCCAUUUUGGGUGUUCAGGUUCGGUUUCUCUCGUCUGAUGACACGAAAGACAAAAACAGCUCUCUGAAGGCUGCACUUUCAGCACUAAAGAUUGACAAAUCCAAGCCAACUACAGAACCAGUUAUCACUCGUACUACCAUAUCUCCACCUAGAGAGACAAGGUCACGUGACACCUCCAGUUUCCAUCCCAUUGCGAAGGCGACAGGAAAGAGUAGACAUUGGAAAGAGCCAGUAGUGAAGCACGUUAACAGAGAACCAGUCACGUGGGAAAAUGCGCCCAAGCUCGGACUACUCGACCUCAAAAAAUUCAAGAACUACAAACCUGCACCAGUACGUCAACCGUUUCUGGCCGAGAAAGAAGCAGAGAAGAGAAUCCAGGCGUUAAACGAAGUGCGUGAUGUGAAUCCGUGGAUAGCACAGUCUCAGGGGGAAAAGUGGAAAUAUCCUAUUGACAAUGAUGAUUUCUAUCCGGAAGAGAAGGACGUGAGCUUCCAUGAGCAUGUGCACUUGCAGUAUCUGUUGGACGAUAUGCCGAGAAGGGGGCCUGUGAGGAGGUACUUGGAGCUUGUUGUUGCUGGGUUGCAGAAGAAUCCUCAUAUGACAGUUGAAAUGAAGAAGGAGCAUGUUGAGUGGUUGAAGGAAUAUUUGAGAGAGAAUCAGGAUGUAGAGGGUUUAUACCCAAAAUAGUGUGAAUAGAUAUGAGGUUGUUAUG